CUGUACUAUAGCGGGAGUGGCUUGACGGAACCGAAGGUUAUAUGAAGGGGUGUUGGGGUGUCACAGGCGCUUAGUGCCGGGGAAGUGAGGGAUUUAGGGCGGCUUGGGUGUAGGCGAACGGGUUAUCGAAGGGGGAGGGCGUGCUCGUUAAAGUGAUUACUAGACAUAGGCCCAGGUUCUGUAUACGAACACCGUCAUCACUCUAUUAUUUGUCUACCAUUGCAAUUAGGCCCUUAUCUUUCUAUUAAAGUCAAAAUCAAAACACUCGCAUGAGAAGAACUCAUAACCGGUUUCCUGUGUCUCAGCCAUCUUCGUGUAGCGUUAUGAAUUCAAACGUUGAGAACUUGCCACCACAUAUAAUUCGCCAGGUUUACAAAGAAGUUUCCACGUUGACAUCUGAUCCCCCAGAAGGAAUAAAGAUCUUUCCUAAUGAAGAGGAUAUAACAGAUGUACAAGUCAGCAUUGAAGGACCAGAAGGCACCCCUUAUGCUGGAGGGAUUUUCAGAAUGAAGCUAAUCCUGGGUAAAGAUUUCCCAGCAGCACCUCCAAAAGGAUACUUCUUAACAAAGAUAUUUCACCCAAAUAUUAGUACCAAUGGAGAGAUAUGUGUCAAUGUAUUGAAGAAAGAUUGGAAGGCUGAGUUAGGCAUAAGACACGUUUUGCUUACAAUAAAGUGUUUGUUGAUUCACCCGAACCCAGAGUCAGCACUGAAUGAAGAGGCCGGGCGCCUCUUACUGGAGAACUAUGAAGAGUAUGCAUCCCGCGCUAAACUCAUGACGGAAAUCCAUGCUCAGGCUUCCAACUUUAGGGGCAAGGAUCCUACAGACCCAUGUUCUUCUGCUUCAGCUACAGUGGCAAAUGGGGAUGGACCCAUGGCCAAGAAACAUGCUGGAGAUAGGGACAAGAAACUUGCAGCAAAAAAGAAGACAGAUAAAAAACGAGCUUUAAGGCGACUUUAAAAGAAAAAAUAAACAUUAUCCAUGGGGCUGUAAAGGCUUUAGGAUCAAAGCAUGAAUGGAACUUGUGUGCAGACUAUUAGAUUGGGUGGGAGGGACUGAAGAACAAGGGUUGGGGAGUCAAU